CGGAUCUUUGCUUUUGCUACUGUCUCUUCUCCCACCUCUGUCAAUGUCUCGUCUCCUCAGACAUCUUAGAAGAACAGUGAUAUCUGCUAGAUUAUCACCUUCGUUUUCCUACCGAAACCCUAGGAUAUGUCUUCAGCCAAUUCAAAACUCUAGUUUCUUAAUUGUUCCCAAGUUUCUAAGCUCGGCAAGUUACGUGUCGGAAAUGAGGAAGUCGGCGUUCGAGGGUAACAUCCUCCGAUUAAUUCGUUCUGAGAUUCAGUCCGAGCUCGAUCACUCUCCUCCCCUUCAGCCUGAGGACAGGUUUGGUCCAUUCACGGUGGACGAGCGGCCAGGAGAGCAGUGGGUUAGCUUGAGAAGAAAAUAUGGGGACACGGAAGAUGUUAAGAUCGAAGCUACCAUGUUUGAUGGAUCAGUUCCAUCAUCAAAAUCUACAAGCAGUGACCCUGAAGAUGUUCAGCUUCACAUUACCUUCGUUGUCAACAUCUCUAAGGACGGUCAGACCUUAGAGAUCAUGUGUUCUGCUUGGCCUGAUACUAUACAGAUCUCCAAGUUCUUUGUUCGUAAAAGCAGCAAGAACUCACCUAAUGCCUAUGUUGGACCAGAAUUCGAUGAAAUGGAAGAUGAACUUCAAGACUCGGUCUAUCAAUUUUUGGAGGAAAGAGGCAUUAGCGAUGAUCUUGCUGUGUUCUUGCAUCAGUACAUGAAGAACAAAGAUAAAGCAGAGUAUAUUAGAUGGAUGGAGACUGUCAAAUCUUAUGUUGAGCAAAAAUAAAUUUCUUCUCAAUGCCACAUUCUCAAGCAUCAGAUGCUGUAUUGAUACGUACUUAAUUAUGAUUAAAUUUUCUAUCAUUAAAGUCA